AUGGGUUUGUCUUUUGAUUUGCUCCCAGUCUAUCAGGACCUCAUUAUGACAGGCAUGUCCUUGUCCCGGAAGUACAAGGAGGCAAAGCGCGGGGUUGCCGAAAGCAGCAAUGCAUUCAAAGAAUUGAAUGACUUGGCCGAUCCAGAUCUAAUACAGGAGUGGCUGGUUCAAGAGAGCACCGCGCAAGCCUCUCAAAUACAGGAUCUGUCAGCCAUGGACAUUUACAAUGUCCAGUUGAAGAAGGCAAGAUCCUGGAAGACAAUUGAACUGGACCUCCUUUGGACCUCUUUCCGUCAGCUAGGAGAACGGCCUCAAAUGGGAGUUGCCACCUGGCUUGCUUCUGGAAUAAGUAUUGAAGAGAUGCAAAUUGCUCUGGCAAUGGAUAUCAGGAGGAUGGGGAGACAUCCAACAGAGACUCAAACCCUGGAGAUA